CGCGCCCCCACAACUCCUCCAGCAGCCCAGCACGCGCUCCUUCACGUUCCUCGCACUAUUGCCUCUCGUUGACGCCGCAGCUUCCCCGGGGCAGAUAGCAGACGACCCCCCCCCCCCCUCUCACCCAGCUCCGUGCAAUCCGUUGGUGUUUGUGGGGGUUAGAUUCCCUCCGCCCUUCCCCACUGGCUUCCCCUGCUCCGUGUAGGGCCGUCGCCGUCAUUUCGUGGCUAGGAGAGGGCCCCCUGAAGCUCGGUGAGGCUUCCUCCCUUCCCCGUGCACCGAUUCCGUCCGUAGAGAGACCCCAACCAGGAGCAAAUAUUCCGGAGAAAAAGAGACUCCCGGAGAGGACCGUAGCGGAGAUGGAGGCGGUGGGGCCCGGCCCUCCACCGACCAAUCUCUUCCAGCCUCCGCGACGUCCUGGACUGGGAACACUUGGAAAGCCGAUAAGGCUCUUGGCAAACCACUUCCAGGUUCAGAUACCGAAGAUUGAUGUUUAUCAUUAUGAUGUGGACAUCAAGCCAGAAAAGCGGCCUAGGAGAGUCAACAGGGAGGUGGUUGACACAAUGGUCCGUCAUUUUAAGAUGCAGAUAUUUGGAGACCGCCAGCCUGGUUAUGAUGGAAAAAGAAAUAUGUAUACUGCCCACCCACUGCCAAUUGGGAGGGACCGAGUUGACUUAGAAGUGACUCUUCCAGGAGAGGGCAAGGACCAGACUUUUAAAGUGACCAUUCAGUGGGUGUCUGUGGUCAGUCUCCAACUUCUCUUGGAGGCUCUAUCUGGACACCUGAGUGAAGUUCCAGAGGAUUCUGUUCAGGCCCUUGAUGUCAUCACUCGUCACUUACCAUCAAUGAGGUAUACACCAGUAGGCCGCUCGUUCUUCUCCCCACCCGAAGGUUACUAUCACCCAUUGGGUGGUGGACGCGAGGUCUGGUUUGGGUUUCAUCAAUCUGUGCGUCCAGCCAUGUGGAACAUGAUGCUAAAUAUUGAUGUUUCUGCAACCGCAUUUUACCGAGCCCAGCCUGUCAUUGAAUUCAUGUGUGAGGUUCUUGAUGUUCAGAACAUAAAUGAGCAGACAAAGCCUCUGACCGAUUCUCAGCGGGUGAAGUUCACUAAAGAAAUAAGAGGUCUGAAAGUUGAGGUCACUCAUUGCGGGCAGAUGAAGAGGAAAUAUAGAGUGUGUAAUGUUACAAGGAGGCCAGCCAGUCAUCAGACGUUUCCCUUGCAGCUGGAGAAUGGCCAGGCCAUGGAGUGCACAGUUGCUCAGUAUUUCAAGCAGAAGUACAGCUUACAGCUGAAAUACCCCCACCUUCCCUGUCUGCAAGUGGGGCAGGAGCAAAAGCACACUUAUCUGCCCCUUGAAGUGUGUAACAUAGUGGCCGGCCAGCGGUGUAUCAAGAAACUGACUGACAAUCAGACCUCCACAAUGAUCAAAGCCACCGCCAGGUCUGCACCUGACAGGCAGGAAGAGAUCAGCCGACUGGUGAAGAGCAAUAGCAUGGUUGGAGGGCCGGACCCAUACCUAAAGGAGUUUGGCAUUGUUGUACAUAAUGAAAUGACAGAGCUUACUGGCAGAGUGUUACCAGCGCCAAUGCUUCAGUAUGGAGGCAGGAAUAAAACUGUGGCCACUCCAAACCAAGGUGUCUGGGACAUGCGAGGGAAGCAGUUCUAUGCAGGCAUUGAGAUCAAAGUUUGGGCUGUUGCUUGCUUUGCUCCACAGAAGCAAUGCAGAGAAGACCUACUGAAGAGUUUCACUGAUCAGCUGCGCAAGAUCUCGAAGGAUGCAGGAAUGCCCAUUCAGGGUCAGCCAUGCUUUUGUAAAUAUGCACAGGGUGCAGACAGCGUCGAACCAAUGUUUAAACACCUUAAGCUGACAUAUGUGGGUCUGCAACUCAUUGUCGUGAUCCUACCUGGAAAAACCCCAGUGUAUGCGGAGGUGAAAAGAGUAGGAGAUACCCUUCUAGGCAUGGCCACCCAGUGCGUUCAAGUGAAAAAUGUAGUGAAGACCUCACCCCAAACACUUUCCAAUCUUUGUUUGAAGAUCAAUGCCAAGCUAGGGGGCAUAAACAAUGUCUUAGUCCCACAUCAAAGGCCCUCUGUGUUUCAGCAGCCUGUCAUAUUCCUGGGCGCAGAUGUUACCCACCCACCAGCUGGAGAUGGCAAGAAGCCUUCGAUUGCAGCUGUUGUGGGCAGCAUGGAUGGGCAUCCCAGCCGUUAUUGUGCCACAGUUCGUGUUCAGACCUCUCGCCAGGAGACUACCCAAGAGCUUCUCUACAGUCAGGAAGUCAUUCAAGACCUGAGCAACAUGGUGCGUGAACUCCUCAUCCAGUUCUACAAAUCGACCCGCUUCAAGCCCACCCGUAUCAUAUACUACAGGGGAGGAGUCUCUGAAGGCCAAAUGAAACAGGUUGCCUGGCCUGAGCUCAUGGCUAUUCGGAAGGCCUGCAUUAGUCUAGAAGAAGACUACAGGCCUGGGAUUACCUACAUCGUUGUUCAGAAGCGGCAUCACACAAGGCUUUUCUGUGCUGACAAAACCGAAAGAGUUGGAAAAAGUGGAAAUGUGCCAGCAGGAACAACCGUGGACAGCACAAUAACACAUCCAUCUGAAUUUGAUUUCUAUUUAUGCAGCCAUGCUGGGAUUCAGGGAACCAGUCGGCCCUCUCACUACCAGGUUCUUUGGGAUGACAACUGCUUUACUGCUGAUGAGCUUCAGCUACUGACCUACCAGCUGUGCCACACGUAUGUGCGCUGCACACGCUCAGUCUCCAUCCCGGCACCUGCCUAUUACGCUCGUUUGGUCGCUUUCAGAGCCAGAUACCAUCUAGUGGACAAGGAUCAUGACAGUGCCGAGGGAAGCCAUGUUUCUGGUCAGAGCAAUGGUCGGGACCCCCAAGCUCUGGCCAAAGCUGUUCAGAUUCACCAUGACACCCAACACACAAUGUAUUUCGCCUGACAGCCAUGAGACACUGUACCAACUCUCCUCAUCUGUCUUCUCAGAUUCUGGGAAAAACAUUGAAUACAGUCUUUACGCUUUUGUCAGGGCCAACUCUUGACUUCCCACCAGCACAUUAUGGACUUUGCACUGAAUCUCUUCACAGUUUGAGUCAGAAUUGAGUAAUUGAGAAAUGUCGGAUUAUUUUAUUAAAAUUUUAUUAUGGUUUUAAUUUAAAUUAUUCUGACCUAUGGACUUUCUUCUGAUGCGUUGGACUGAUUCUUUACCUCAAGCUCACAAUAUAUCUGAACGUUUUGCUUUGUUUUAUUUUUUUUUUAAUUUAUAAGCCAGCAUUACCCUAUACUUGGUUAUCGCAAUCCUUGACAUGCUUUCUUAACGCGCUGCUUUGUGAGUAUACAUAUAUGGUAAAGUAUAAUUGUUUGGGGCCAUAGAUAUAACGAGAGUCUUUACUGUACAAAUUCCUUAUAAUGACCUUUUUACAGGUAUCGCCGUCUGUCAGGUUCUUAAACGUUGCAAGUUUGUACUUUUAAAAUGGGUGCAAGCGACAAAACUAUUGCACUAUAUAGCAGAUGAA